CUGCAGUUUCUGUUUUGUUGUUUGUUGUUUGUUUUUACUUUGUACAGGUUUUAAUUACUCCGGUUGGUUCUCCAACAUGAUGCAGGCUUUGAAAGGCAUCAGACACCUGAACUCCGGUACUCUGAAACAAGCAGUUUCAGAGCUCUCUGUGCCGGUGCCAUGGGGCGAGAUGAGAGGUAAAGUCUGGGGUCCUGACCACGGUCGUCCUGUGCUGUGCCUGCACGGCUGGGCUGACAACUGUGGUACAUUCAACAACCUCGUUCCCCUUCUACCCAAAGAGUGCAGAUACGUGGCGGUGGACCUGGCAGGUCACGGUCUGUCGUCACAUCGUCCUCCCGGAGUUUUCUACUCGUUUCCUGCGUACAUAUCGGAUGUACGCAGAGUCGUUGACGAAAGAAGUGCCUCGAGUUAUGAGAAAGGGGAUUGAUGACAUGCUUCAGUUCGAAAAAAAGACUAAAGAGGAAAAGAGAAGAGUUUACACUUAUAAAAACGCAGUCGAGAGGCUGUUGGCUGCAAACCCAACUCUGUCUGAACAGUCUGUGCACAUCCUUUUAGAGCGAGGUCUAGUUCAAGUUGAAGACGGAGUGAUGUUCUCCAGAGACUUUCGUAUUAAUCUGAAAAACAUAGUGCGCAUCAGUUUGGAGCAGAGUCUGGAGAUGCAGUCGAGGAUACAAGCCUCUGUUCUAGUUAUGCUAGCAGAAGACGGCUUUGAGAAGAUAUUUGCUGAACCAGAUCAAAAGAAAUUUACAUCAGCACUUCUCCAGGCCUAUAGGGACAGAAAUCACACGGUGGUGACAGUACCAGGCGAUCAUCACGUUCAUCUGAACAAUCCUGAAGUCGUCGCUCCUCUUGUUUCUGACUUCCUGCAGACCAAAGUGUUGUCACAGUCAGAAAACCGAACAAAUGAACUGAGCUCUAAGUUAUAGCAAACACAAACAAAGCAUCAAUUUUGCCUUAAGUCAUUUCACAAACUCAGUUUUUAACAACUUUUUGUUUUUGUACUGUACUGUUUACACUAGGGAUGAGCAAGUACUACUCGUCUGUAUCUGUUCAACCAACUACAUUGCCUCUAUUUGUAGCCGUACUCAGAAUGGGCGGGGCUUAAACAUGACUCUACCUGUACGCUACCUGAGCUGGAUUCUCCUUUCAGCCGAGUAAACUUGCUCAACCCUAGUUUACACUCACCUUGGUGCUUAAACCUGAGUAAGUUGCCACAGCAUCAACUCAUGUUACAUUUGGUUGACAUAGUGUACUAGAUAUUAAUGUGUAUUGUUGUCAUAGUGACAGGGGCAUUGUGGGCAAUAUAAAUAUUAAUUUCUUUAACUCCAGUUGCUUAGUGAGAUGAAGAGACCAGAUCAGCAAAAGGCAGCUAGACUGUGGUUUUGGUUCAGUUUGCUCUUUGAUCCAGUGAAAGGGUUUGUAUCAAGUAUCGAUGACAGAGGUGCAGUGAGUUAAUGCAGUAUAGUAUAAUAUGUAUUUAAACAGAAAUUAAUCAUCCUUUAACGCAUCACUUUAAUUAUCAAAGACAAUAUGAGAGCAACAGUUAAAUGUAACACUUGAAAACAUGUUUGGCUCAUGAUAGCGAGGUACAGUAACAUUAGUUAACAAUGUAGCAUUUACUCCUUUAACACUGUUGGACUCCUGAUAGUUUAAAAACACGAUUUAAAGGCAUGAUCGAUGCAGCAGAAUCAGAGGUGUUGUCUUUUUUUAAUUCUACAAAUUCUCCUUCCUUGUAAAGGACUUCUUCCAUUUCUGGAAAAAAAAAACCUGUAAAAUGUGGCCUGAGUAUCGCCCCAGAGGAGGGGUCAUGUUGUUACCCAAAUUAAAAUCUUUAUCCUCUGUAUCGUAGCAAUUUUAAGACUCGAGAGUCAGCUUUACUUCUCAAGACUCGGCUCAAUUUCCAUCAAUCAAAGCUUAAGCUGUGUGCCAAAUGCCAACGCUGGCCUGCUGAUGUAAUCUGUGCAUUCACAGUAGGUUUUUCUUAAGGGUGUUGGUUCACUUAUAUAUUUUAGCAUUGAGGUUUGAUGGGCUUUGAGGACGUUUCUGAUAUUCUGACCCUCUCAUUUUUGUAAAUAAGGAGGAUGAAAUAUUAGAAACUUCUCUCAAUAUAAUGUAGUCCAGUACAACACCACCUUUAACUAUGACCUUGAACAAUUAAAAUAUAAAAGUACAA